CAUAGCGUCUUAACAGUGGCAUGCUCUUUGUACCAAGUCAAGAGAUUCACCGACCAGUAGUAACAAGCUACCAGGAAACUUUGUCGAUUAGUUCUCCCACUGGCCUACCCCGUCGGUCUUUCUACGCACCUUUCCAGUAUAAAAGGCCACGACUUCUCGAUCCGUCCUUGUGCGUUCUCGAGCAAAGAAAAAUGAAGUUUGUGUUUGUUCUCUGCAUCUGCCUUGUCUCAGCCGCUGCUCAGCUGAGCCCCACCUUCUAUGACUCCUCGUGUCCGAAGCUGUUAUCAACUGUGAGAAGUGUACUUGAGAGAGCUGUUCAGAGGGAACCACGCAUGGCUGCCUCGCUUCUGCGUCUCCAUUUCCACGACUGUUUUGUCAAUGGAUGCGAUGGAUCUGUCCUCCUCGACGACAAGCCGGGAUUUCGAGGCGAAAAAACUUCCAACCCGAACAGGAACUCGGCGAGAGGAUUCGAGGUGGUGGACAGCGUGAAAGCAGCGGUUGAGAGAGUCUGUCCUGGAGUUGUAUCUUGCGCCGAUAUUCUAGCGAUUAUAGCUGAACAAAGCGUUGUCUUGAUGAAUGGACCAUCUUGGACAAUACUGUUGGGACGUCGGGAUAGCACGACCGCGAGCUUGGCCGCCUCUAACAACGAUAUACCGCCUCCAACCUCCACCCUUUCCCAGCUUAUUUCCAAGUUCCAGGCCAAGGGACUUUCUGUGCAAGAGCUAGUCGCACUCUCUGGAAGUCACACCAUCGGACAAGCUCGUUGCACAAGCUUUAAGGAUCGUCUGUAUAAUUUCAGCAACACCGCCAGGCCGGAUUCAAAUUUCAACCAAGGAUACUUGAAGACCCUGCAAAGAAAAUGCCCACGUUCAGGAGGUGACAACAAUACUUCUCCACUAGAUUUCCAGACCCCCACCGGCUUUGACAAUGCGUACUUUAGUAAUAUUGUUGCCAACGAGGGUCUUCUAAACUCCGAUCAAGUGCUGUACGCACCUUCAGGAUCGUCAAGCAGAAUUGUCUCCAACUACGAAGACAACCCGAGCCUGUUCUUCAGGGACUUCGCGAAUGCCAUGGUGAAGAUGGGAAACCUGAGUCCUCUAACUGGAAAAAGCGGUCAGAUUCGCAAGAACUGCCGUGUGGUGAACAGCUAGAAACAUGUUAAGUGUGAUUUAAGCUUUUGCGAACAAUAAAGCUGUGGCUUACUUGUC